AAAUAUUUUUGAAGCUUAUCUGCAGAGAUAACAAACAAUAAGUCAACAGGAGAUGAUUCUGAAAAUAACAACUUUAGUCUUAAGUUGUCCACAUAGCGAUGAAGAAGUUUCUAUUCAAGGGUUUCAUGGCACCCGUUUUUACGGCGUAUCACGAUGAUAAAGAAAAAACCAUCAAUUAUGAAAUUAUUCCUGCCUACGCCAAGUAUUUAAAGGCAAAAGGUGUGAAUGCUGUUCUGGUGAAUGGAACUUCAGGUGAAGGAAUGCUGUUGAAUGUAGACGAGCGAAUUAAAGUAGCCGAUGUCUGGAAGAAAGCUUGCACAGAGAAUGACAUGAUUAUCAUGGUGCAAAUCGGCGGAGCUCCGUUUCCCGAUGUUGUCACCCUCGCGAAGCACGCUGAAAAAGCCGAUGUUGAUGCUAUAUUGUGCUUGCCAGAGCUGUUCUUUAAGCCAAACUCACCAGAAAAGCUAACUGAAUAUCUCAGAAAUGUUGCAUUACACUGCCCGACGAUACCGCUUUUCUAUUAUCAUAUUCCGAUGUUUACUGACGUGAACGUUCAUAUGCCAAAAUUCUUGGAUUUAGCUGAAAAGGCAAUUCCCAAUUUUGGCGGAAUUAAAUAUACAAGUGCAGAGCUGGAUCAAGGUUCUAGCUGUCUUAUGCCUGGAAGAACAAUUUUCUUGGGCGCAGAUUCAAUUUUAUGUCCAGCAGUUGCAGCUGGUUUCGAUUCCUUUAUUAUGACUACGUUGAAUAUAUUUCCGGAGCUCUCAGCGAAGAUUGUAAGAUGCAUGCAAAAUAAUGAUGUUGAAGAAGCUCGCAGUGUGCAACAGGAAUUGAACAAAAAAAUUUACGAAAUUUUAAAAUACGGUGACUGGGUGACUGCCAUGAAAAGAGCUUUUAAUGAAAGAUGUGAUCUGAAUCUCGGCAAAACACGUGCUCCAUUAAGUUUCGACGUUUGAUAAAUUUUAUUAUAUCUACAUUUGUUGGUGGUAUAUUCGCCGAAGCCUUACCCAUAUCGAUUAUACACCACGACAGCGUAAAUUGACUGGCGAUAUAUUUUUUUCGAAAUUUCAUAUUAAAAUAUAUUGGAACACAAUUCGAACAGACGUA